AUGGCUGACGGCGUCGAGGUCUUUGUGGUAGGCUUCGUGCUGCCCAGUGCGGAGAAGGACAUGUGCCUGUCUGACUCCAACAAAGGCAUGCUGGGCCUCAUCGUGUACCUGGGCAUGAUGGUGGGAGCCUUCCUCUGGGGAGGGCUGGCUGAUCGUCUGGGUCGGAGACAAUGUCUGCUCAUCUCGCUCUCCGUCAACAGCGUCUUCGCCUUUUUCUCAUCUUUCGUCCAGGGUUACGGCACUUUCCUCUUCUGCCGCCUCCUUUCUGGGGUUGGGAUCGGAGGGUCCAUCCCCAUUGUCUUCUCCUAUUUCUCGGAGUUCCUAGCCCAGGAGAAACGUGGGGAGCACCUGAGCUGGCUCUGCAUGUUCUGGAUGAUUGGUGGGGUGUACGCAGCUGCUAUGGCCUGGGCCAUCAUCCCCCACUACGGGUGGAGCUUUCAGAUGGGGUCUGCCUACCAGUUUCACAGCUGGAGGGUGUUUGUCCUCGUCUGCGCCUUUCCUUCUGUGUUUGCCAUCGGGGCUCUGACCACACAGCCUGAGAGUCCCCGCUUCUUCCUGGAGAAUGGGAAGCAUGACGAGGCCUGGAUGGUGCUGAAGCAAGUCCAUGACACCAACAUGCGAGCCAAGGGGCAUCCUGAGCGAGUCUUCUCGGUAACCCACAUUAAGACGAUCCAUCAGGAGGAUGAGCUGAUUGAGAUCCAGUCAGACACAGGGACCUGGUACCAGCGCUGGGGGGUCCGAGCCUUGAGCCUGGGGGGGCAGGUUUGGGGGAAUUUCCUCUCCUGUUUUGGUCCAGAAUAUCGACGCAUCACUCUGAUGAUGAUGGGUGUGUGGUUCACCAUGUCGUUCAGCUACUAUGGCCUGACUGUCUGGUUUCCCGACACCAUCCGCCAUCUCCAGGCGGUGGACUACGCAGCCCGCACCAAAGUGUUCCCCGGGGAGCGUGUGGAGCACGUGACUUUUAACUUCACCCUGGAGAAUCAGAUCCAUCGAGGGGGACAGUACUUCAAUGACAAGUUCAUCGGGCUGCGUCUGAAGUCGGUGUCCUUUGAGGAUUCCCUGUUUGAGGAGUGUUACUUUGAGGAUGUCACCUCCAGCAACACGUUUUUCCGCAACUGCACAUUCAUCAACACUGUAUUCUACAACACGGACCUGUUUGAGUACAAGUUUGUGAACAGCCGUCUGGUGAACAGCACGUUCCUGCACAACAAGGAGGGCUGCCCACUAGACGUGACGGGGACGGGCGAGGGUGCCUACAUGGUGUACUUCGUCAGCUUCCUGGGGACGCUGGCUGUGCUCCCGGGUAAUAUCGUGUCUGCCCUGCUCAUGGACAAGAUUGGCAGGCUCCGAAUGCUUGCUGGCUCCAGCGUGAUGUCCUGUGUCUCCUGCUUCUUCCUGUCUUUUGGGAACAGUGAGUCAGCCAUGAUCGCUCUGCUCUGCCUUUUUGGGGGGGUCAGCAUUGCAUCCUGGAACGCGCUGGACGUGUUGACGGUCGAACUCUACCCCUCGGACAAGAGGACCACAGCCUUCGGCUUCCUGAAUGCCCUGUGUAAGCUGGCAGCGGUGCUGGGGAUCAGCAUCUUCACGUCCUUUGUGGGUAUCACCAAGGCUGCUCCCAUCCUCUUUGCCUCAGCUGCCCUCGCCCUCGGUAGUUCUCUGGCCCUGAAGCUGCCCGAGACCCGGGGGCAGGUGCUGCAGUGAGGGGGUCUCUGGGGCUUCGGGGUGGCAGGCACACUGUGAGACCAACAACUCCUUCUCCCCUCUCCCUGCCCUGCCAUCCUGGCCCCCAGAACCCUCAACUCCCCAUACCCCUGUUUGGUGUCUUAGCCAUGUGUGUGCGUGUGUGUGCGUGCGUGCGCGCACGCAUGUAUAUGACCCUGUGGGCAGGGACGACAGGGAAAGCUCCGUCAUCCCAGUUUUGGGAUGCAGCUCUACUCCCCACCUCCUACCACCCUUGACUUUGCACAAGAGAAGGCUUGGCCCCACCCUCUCCCCCCCUGUUAGUGAGGGGCCCUUGCUCUUCCCGGCUCCAGGGCCCCAGAACAGGUUCCUGCCUCCACCUCAUUCUCUCUGCCUAGGCCCUGGUGAGACCACGGGCUUGUGGUUAUGCUGGGGACUGGGGCUUGGUGUAGACCAUGGACCAAAAGAACUUUCACUUGGAGUCGGAAGGGCCUCGGGUACCCUCUCACACCUCCUGUUGGAUGCUGGGGGAGUAGCAAUAAACCCCAGCCCCCUGGCCUCCACUUCCCCUCCAUUUGGGCUUAAGUAAGAAGCCUGAAUUUUAUGAAAUUAGCUUUCUGAUUCUUAAUUAUUUAUAUGUUAAGUUCUGAGGCAGCUCAGCAGGACUGUGUGGGUGUGUGACUGUGUGUGUACACUUAUGUAUGUGUGUGUAUGUGCCAUGGGGUGGGGGUGUCACUAUACUGUCCUAAAAUACAAGCUAAGGGUAAUGUCAGUGGACACACACAACCCUGCCUCCCGUGGUACCUCCCCUAAUCUUGUUUCUGUGCCAGGCCUGGGAGGAAGGAGCCCUAGGCCCGCCCGGCUGGGGUAAGAGUCCCACAGGCUAGUGAGAUCUGAGGGCAUCUCCUCUCCUCUCAAGAAGCACAGCCUUCUCUGUGGUGAGAGGCUCCACCCACUAGAGCACAGACAGUGACAGCACAGCUGCCCUCCCACCCCCAGCCUGUCCCCUCACAGGCAAGGGGGCAGGGGAGGGAAAGAAACCAGGCAUAUGGGCAAACCAGCAGAUCCAAAAGCACAAGGAGCUGGGGCAGGGGCCCUCCCAGCAACUCCUCUAGAGUGGGAAGAGGUUGGGUAGUAAGCCAGGGACCCUCGUGCAGGGACCAGAGCCUCAGUUGCCCCAUCUCACCCUUUCCACACAAUAGCCCCUGUCGGUUAAGCUGCCCCUGUCCCACCCUAUCCGUAUGGCUGCUUUCUUUGGUGUCCCCCUCCCCACAACUGUAGCUGUGAUGUGUUGUAGUUUUUAGCUGUUUGUAAAGUGUUACAAGUUAAAAGGAAAAAAGUGAAAACAACAAAAAAGAAAACCCAAAUUCACCUUCCUCACUGCUGCGUCUGGUGCCGCCACCCUUUGGUCACACCCUCCAUUUUGUAACACUGAACCAGGUGGUGACUGUUUAACUCUUUGGUGUCUGCUCAAAGGACUGCCUUCUCCAGUGCCCAGUGUAUGUGUGUGCCCUUUCCUCACCCUUCUCUUGCUGGAUGCAGCCCUCUCCCCUGCACCCCCUGGAGGGACCAUCCAUCUCCCUUGCUCUCCUGGGGAACCCUAAACCCAACUCUGUUGAUGUGAAAAAUGAAAUGAAAAAUAUUGAUGAAAAAUAAACAGGAA